GGGCCCCGGGGCCGCCCACUCCCCUCCCGCGCAUCCGCGAUCGGGCUCUGGCCAGGCGGAGGCCCGGCCGAGGAGCCAGCGUUGCGGGGAGGGACCCGCCCGCCCGCUCACUCUUUCUCCGCACUUCGGCGGCCGCCCCGGGGAGGGUGGCAGAGAGGAGCGAAGGCACCGCCGUGGGUCUCGCGCGUCCUCGGGCUCCCCUCCGUCCCCGGGCCGGCCGGCGCCUGCUGGCAAGCGGCCGCUCUGUGGGUGCCAGAUUGGGUCACUCGCUAAGUGGAGGGAGGCGAAAGGGCUUCCAGUUUCUCCCCUUCACCGGCCUUGGCCUUGUGAGGAGGCCAGCUUGCUUUAAGGCUUUGAGACUGGAUAGGACGCUGGCGGGAGCCAAAGGGUAGUAGGAAUCGAGAGGCAGGUGAGAGGUGGGGUGAGGGCUUGGCCCCCACCUGGAUACUCCUUCCCAAGAAAGGACUGAAAAGAAAAAGAGGGUUAUCUACUUCGUGAAGUACCUGAGCAUUGCCUAGAAGCAUACUUCAUAAAUUUGCUUCAGUCUUAAGGUGGGGGGGAAAGUGCUUGUGGGUAGAGUUAAGUGGGUUUGACAGGAUUGCUGGAACUCCCAGACAGUGCCAGCAAAGACCAGUGGCUUGGAGGUAGUGUCAGCCUCUUAGGAAUAACAUCGUUCUGAGUGUUCUUUGCUGCCAGUUCUCGAAGAUUGUUUCUUCUUUGGUGUAGAGAGAAUUCUCUCAACAAAUGUUUUUGAGUGCUUAUUGAGCCCCUUCUUUAAAAAGAAAGUUAAUUUAAUAAACGUUUGUAGUCUGUGAUUUGCAUCGAGUUGAGAUGCUGGGUGUACAAGGAUAAAUAUGGAAGGACCACUUUCCUCAAGAAGCUCUCCUGCAGCUUUCACUUCAAUAACUCGGACAAGCCUGAAAGGGUUGUCCUACACCAAAGAGAGAAAGAAUAAUGAGCUAGAACAGUGCAACAGUCCCUGGCAUGUAAUAGGUUACAUACACCAGGAAAGAAUGGCUCAUAAAUACCAUGCUACAGGAACUCUUUUGCUGCAAGGUAUGGGUGCUUUGAAGAACACUGCAGCCGACACCUCCUGUGCCCUCCUAGGAGACUGGGCUCCUGUGACGUUUGAUGACAUCACAGUAUACUUGCUCCAGGAAGAAUGGAUGCUGCUGAGUCAGCAGCAGAAGGAGAUCUGUGGCUCUGACAAGCUGGUGGCACCACUGGGACCAACUGUUGCUAACCCUGAGCUGUUCUAUAAGUUUGGGCAAGGGCCAGAGCCAUGGCUAGGCAAUGUCCAGGAUCAGAGGAGUCUCCUGGACCGUCACCCAGGAAAAAGCCAGAUGGGCUACUUGGAAGAAAUGGAUGUGCAAGUUCCUGCCAGGGAGAGUACACGAUACCUCCCGCCUCAGAAGAAAGCCUGCCUUUCCCACUUCAGUACAGACAAUGGCAACAUCGAGGGAGACUGGACAGAAAGAAGCAAGAAACUCUUAAAGCCUCGGUCUAUCCAGAAGUCGUGGUUUGCACAGUUUCCAUGGUUGAUCAUGAACGAGGAACAGACGGCUCUGUUUUGCUCUGCUUGCCGGGAGUACCCAUCUGUCAGGGACAGACGGUCAAGAUUAAUAGAAGGUUAUACAGGACCAUUCAAGGUGGAGACUCUCAAAUACCAUGCCAAGAGCAAAGCGCACCUCUUCUGUGUCAGUGCCUUGGCAGCAAGGGACCCCGUUUGGGCAGCCCGUUUCCAGAGCAUCAAAGAUCCACCUGGAGAUGGCCUGGCCAGCCCAGAGCACCUCUUCACUGCAGAUUAUCCCGUGUUCUACCCCACAGGGUCUCUGGGAGAUUUUGGUAGCAUGGAUGAGCUCCUGCCAACCUCAAGAGCUGAACUAGAGGAUCCUGGGGGGAAUGGAACAAUUCCUGCCUUGUAUCUAGACUGUGUUCCAGAUUUGAGGCAAAAAGAAAUCACUGAUGACAUCAACAACUCCUCAAACAUUAAUGUUUUAUGUAAUGAUGUUGUUGAAUCCAGCAGCCAGGACCUUUCUGAAGAGGGGCUGUUGGAGGAGGUCCCUGUGGUGGUGGAGGAGCUCCCAGCGGUAUUUGAGGAUGUUGCGGUGUAUUUCACCCAGGAGGAGUGGGGCCUGCUAGACAAGCAGCAGAAGGAGCUGUACAGAGACGUGAUGUGCAUGAAUUACGAGCUCUUGGCAUCCCUGGGGCCUGUGGCUGCCAAACCAGACUUGAUCUCUAAACUGGAACGCAGAGCUGCACCCUGGAUCAAGGACCCGAAUGGGCCAAAGUGGGGGAAAGGUCAUCCUCCAGGGAAAAAGAAGACGGUGGCUGUUGGAGAGGUAGACACACAGGCCUUAGCUGUAGACGCUGCACUGCUUCCAGUUCCUUCUGUGGAGACAUGCACCUCCUACUGCGGCUCCAGCAUCUGCGAAGUAGAAGUAGAUGGGCCUAGGAAAAUCAAGAGGACUUACAGACCCCGUUCAAUUCAGAGGUCGUGGUUUGGGCAGUUCCCAUGGUUAGUAAUUGACCCAAAAGAGACCAAGCUCUUCUGCUCAGCCUGCAAAGAAAGACCUAGUCUCCAUGACAAAUCAUCUCGUUUAGUCAGAGGUUACACUGGGCCUUUUAAAGUGGAGACUUUAAAAUACCAUGAAGUCAGCAAAGCACACAGGCUUUGUGUCAACACUGUUGAAAUCAAAGACGACAACCCCCAAACUGCCCUCGUCCCAGAGAUCUCCAGUGACCUCAUGGCGAACAUGGAGCACUUUUUCCAUGCUGCCUACUCCAUCGCAUACCACUCAAGGCCCCUGAAUGACUUUGAGAAAAUCCUGCAGCUCCUCCAAAGCACUGGGACCGUGAUUUUAGGCAAGUACCGCAACCGCACCGCAUGCACUCAGUUCAUCAAGUACAUCUCCGAGACGCUGAAGAAGCAGAUCCUCGACGAUGUCCGGAACUCCCCCUGUGUGAGCGUCUUGUUGGACAGCUCCACCGACGCCUCUGACCAGGCCUGCGUGGGGAUUUAUGUCCGCUACCUGAAGCAGAUGGAGGUGAAGGAGUCAUACAUCACCCUGGCCCCGCUUUACAGCGAGACGGCGGACGGAUACUUUGAGACCAUCAUUUCUGCCCUGGAUGAGCUGGACAUCCCUUUCCGGAAGCCUGGCUGGGUGGUGGGCCUGGGAACAGAUGGCUCGGCCAUGCUGAGCUGCAGAGGAGGCCUUGUGGACAAGUUCCAGGAGGUUAUCCCCCAGCUGCUGCCGGUCCACUGUGUGGCCCACCGGCUGCACCUGGCCGUGGUGGAUGCGUGUGGGAACAUCGACCUGGUGAGGAAGUGCGACCGGCACAUCCGUACCGUCUUCAAGUUUUAUCAGUCCUCAAACAAGAGGCUGAACGAGCUGCAGGAAAGUGCAGCUCCACUGGAGCAGGAGAUCACCCGCCUGAAGGACCUGAACGCUGUCAGGUGGGUGGCCAGUAAGAGGCGCACGCUGAACGCACUCCUCCUGAACUGGCCGGCACUCACUCGGCACCUCCAGAGCGUGGCAGAGGCCGGGGGGCAGGUUGGGAACAGGGCCAGGGGCAUGCUGAAGCUGCUGAAGGGCUUCCACUUCGUCAAGUUCUGCCACUUCCUUUUGGACUUCCUGAGCAUCUACAGGCCCCUGUCUGAGGUGUGCCAGAAGGAGAUCGUGCUGGUUACAGAGGUGAACGCCACGCUGGGCGGGGCCUACGGAGCACUGAAGACCCUCCGUCACCAGGCGGGGCCCAAAGAGGAAGAGUUCAAUGCCAGCUUCAAGGAUGGGUGGCUCCAUGGCAUCUUCUUGGACAGACCAGAGCUGGCAGAACAGCGGUUCCAGGCAGAUAGGGAGAAAACAAUCCUGACUGGGAUUGAGUACCUCCAGCAGAGGUUUGACACAGACCGUCCCCCGCAGCUCAAGAACAUGGAGGUGUUUGACACCAUGGCCUGGCCCAGUGGGAUUGAACUUGCCACUUUUGGGAACCAUGAUAUUCUCACGCUUGCCAGGUAUUUUGAGCUCUCUCUCCCUGCAGGAUACAGUGAGGAAGCUCUGCUGGAGGAGUGGCUGGGCCUGAAGGCCAUCACCCAGAACCUCCCGUUCUCCAUGCUGUGUAAAAACGCCCUGGCCCAGCACUACCGCUUCCCCUUGCUGAGCAAGCUCAUGGCUGUGGUGGUCUGUGUGCCCAUCUCCACCUCCUGCUGCCAGCGGGGGUUUAAGGCCAUGAACCGCAUCAGGACCGAUGAGAGGACCAAGCUCUCCAAUGAGGUGCUCAACAUGCUCAUGAUGACAGCUGUGAAUGGCGUGGCAGUCACAGAGUACGACCCCCAGCCUGCGAUCCAGCACUGGUACCUGACCUCCUCAGGCCGACGUUUCAGCCACGUCUAUGCCUGUGCCCAGGUGCCAGCCCGCUCCCGUGAGAGUGCGGGGCUCAGGAAGGAGGAGCUGGGCACCCUCUGCGUAGAGGGGUCUGGGACCCAGCAGCCGCCCAUCCUGCCCUCCAGGGAGGCAGUGGAGGUUCAGAAGGAUUGCAUCACGGGGCCUUCCGGGAGACUCCUGCACCCCAGCGCCAGCCAGGGGGCCCCUGGCAUGUCCUGAGGGAGAGGGAUCCUUGCCUUGGAGAUGCCCCUGUGGUCAUGGGGACAGCUGUCUGCAGAUGCUAGGCUGCCCUAGAGUCUUCCUUCCAUGGGGACGCUCUCUAAGCACCAGAAAGUGGGCAGUGACGGGGUAGUCCAAGGUCACAUCCCAGAGAGGCAAGGGAGGUGCACAGCCCAUUUUCUGAGGCCCCUCCAACCACAGCAGUGCCUCACAGCACAUAAAUGUGCUAAAAGGUUCUUAUCUCAAGUUCAUUUUUAAGGUGCUCCAGGAAAUAAUCCCAUCAUGAAAGAUUCCACCCCCUGUUCUGGUGGCGAGAGGACUUUUCUGAAGUGGGAGAAACUAUUGAGGUAGGGAUUUAAUGCAGCACCCUGCCCUCCGGACAGCCCUGGGGAGCAUUCUGGGGAGGCUGCCCACAGCCUUAGUGGCAAGGGGGAAAGGCCACUUUGUUACGGGUAGAAGACAGCCCCGUUCUAGGGGCAGCUGGCCUGGCUGCAAGAGCUCCGAGGAAUCAUUGUUCUGGGGCCUCUCGCCCUGGCUCCUGCAGCCUCGGUGGGGAACUUGCAUCAGAGAAUUCCUCUACCUCCCCCCAGGGCUUCCUUUAGGACCAAACAAACACAAACCCUUUGUGGAGAGCACUCAGGAGAGCUUCAUUCUCGAAGCUCCUGGCCCGGGCAGCAGUGCACUCUGUGCGGAGCCAGGUGCUUCCCACGCUGGAGCACGGUCUGGCCCACAACACACGAACCCGCGUCCCUCAGGAGUGGCUGGGCCCACGCUGGAGUUGGGAGGCUUGGGUUGCAGCCCCCGUUCUGCUGCAGGAAGUGGGUUAACUGUGAUUAAUCCCUUCCUCUUUUCUGUGCCUCAGUUUCCCUCUUCCAUGGAGUGGCAGCAGAGAAUCCAAGUGCCUGCUGACUCCCCGUCUGCCAUAGGAUUAGUGAAUGAGAGAGCCUCGAGCUCCUUGAGAGAAAGACUCCGGCCUGCACAGUGUGGACUUAGCGCCUUCAGCCCCUGUCCUCAUCCUUAGUGGGACAGGUAUGAAUUUGCCUCCAAAGCCCUUAUUGUGGUAAGAGGCGCUCUCCAGAUGUACCAUCUGCAUGACAGCCUAGUCCACUCUUCUCCAAGUGGCGCCAGGGCCUCCGCAUUGGAAUCGCUAGGGCGCCACCCAGACGUGCUGACCCAGAUCCCGGCACUGGGCUCAGUGACUGGGGGUUUCUAACAAGCUCCCCCAGGAGCCGUGGGCACACUCUAGCCUAAGAACCAGCGCCCUGGGCACAGAAGGGUGUCUGGUACUACCACGUUCCCAGUCCCCUUUACCCGCUCUUCCCAUCCCGCCUAAAGUGAAGCACUUUUCCUUCUAGGGGUUGCUCAGGAAGUUGCUUCCUGGGACAGGAUGAUUUUGUCUAGGUUUCUCUGCCCCUGCCUCACACUUGUUUUAAAUAGACGGCAAGGAGCCAUCCCGACCUACCUGGCUGCUGGUCUCCAGGCGGGUCCCUGCCCUGCGCUGCAAGCCCAUGCGAUCAGGCCUCUUAACCAGCAGUCUUCCCCUUCCCAUCCCCAGAAGGUGCUGGAAGCCCCUGGGAUGCUGGCAUCCAAGCACGUCCCCAUUAUUGCAGAUACCCUGGUUCUGACACCCCCUUUCCAUCCCCCUACCCUUAGUACUUAGCCUGAGCACCAUUGCCCACCUGUUUUUCUCAGCUCUAGUCAGGAAUUGCUUUCUCACUUCUGCCUUUCACCUGUAGAAAUGUCUCCCAGCUGGAGGGGUCUUGGGGGUCGGAAGGGCACCACAUCCUGCAAGCUGGAGCUCUGGGAGGUGUUGCUGUCUACAUGGCCUCAGACUUGGGAAUUUGCCCCUGGUCAGGUUCCAUGGGUGUGGAUGAGCAGAAUGGGAUAGAGAAAGGCCUUUAAAAGUGGGGGCUACAGCCUCCUCCUCCCAGAGGGAUUCCAAAUUGAGGCUAUGUUCCAGCAAACACCCUUCCCGUGGUGUGGCCUCUUCGUCCUUUGAGAAGCCCUCAGAGCAGAAGGCCAGUGCUGUGGGCGACCCUGUUGCUCCCAGUUCUGGAGCUGAGGUGGGAGCCAGGGAUGUGCCCUCCCCUCUCCACGUCAGUGUGUUCUGAGGACCCAUCCCAUGCCUUCCUCAGGUUGUGGAAAAGUGGGUCCCUUUGGAGCUAUUUAUUAUAGGUGUUUGCGCUACCCAGUUUCUCGAGAGGCCUGGGUCUGCUCCAGUUCCUCUGUCAGCUAAAGGCAAAGAAGGAAGACAGCUGACAUUUUGGUUCAGGACCCCAGUGUGGAAACACUGUCAGCCCCGCUGCCCAGGCUGGCCUCUGCUUUGUUUAGACAGAGGCUGGCUGUGUUUUAGACCCUUGUUGGGGAAGUUUCCUGUUUUUGCCCCACAAGAAGACAAGCUGCAGAGCACUGGGAGUAGAAGGAGCAAGCAACAUCCCUGGCCAGGUGCCGGCCAUUGUACCCCCUGCCCUCCGCCUGUCGUCGUGCUGGCAUCUCCACGUGCACGUCCUGGCGUCACUCCUGCCCUUUCCCUGAUGACUGAUGCCCACUGGGUCUGACAUUCCAAGUAACCAGCAUAUAACUGAUAGUUGAUUCCAAUAGCCAUAGACUCCGGGUGGGAGUGCGGAUCUCAGCCGCCUGUCCUGGCCAGGUACCUUAGAGAGUGUGACCACGCUCCAGACCUUUGCUUCUUUCUCCUGCAAAGGGGGAGUUCCUAGGGUGCUAAGUACUUAUCAGGCCAGUGUUGGGGGCCAGUUCCCUCAUAUAGGUGUCUGCUUAGCCAAAACACUAAGGGUGACUGGCCCAGGGCCUUCCUCCCUCCUCCGGUUUCAAAGAUCUGCAAACGAGGUUUAAUAAAAACCAUGUUUGAUUCCUAACCUUUUGCUAUCUGAAUAAAGCCAAGUUUAUUUCAACAAA